CCGAGUAAAACAAAUGGAAUGGCAGAAUGGGCGACCGGGGCACAGUUACUGUCAUUGUAGUCUCGAAGUGUUGUUGAAGAUAAACCUCUAAACCCCUUGCUGGCGUCACAUAGUGAACUCCGACGAGACGACCACCGCAGCUGAAACCGCGGUAGAGUCGAUAUCACACUCUCACAUUUGAGACCCUAAGCGUCUCCAUGGAUGUAAGCACUACCAUCCGUCACUGUACAAGCCCGUUACAUUCAUCUCAAAUCAAACUUAACAUCGGAAAACAAGCUUACUCUAAUCUUGUCUUUCAUAGCCGGCAUCUUUUCAAUCAAAGACGGAACCUUAAGCUUUCCCGCCGGAGGAGGCCCAUAUUUCUAGCUUCUUCUUCGUCUUCUUCAGAUGGGUCCCAAGGGUUUUCUUGGCUUCACCUUUCGCAGUCCAUUCGCCGCGGUUCCGAACGUUUCCUCAAGAAAUUGGGAGAGUCCGUGAAGAAAGAGACGGGAUUUGAUGUUGAAGAUGCUAAGGUUCGAGCUUCUGAAUUUGCGAACAACGCUAAUGACUCGGCCACGGAGGGCCAAGCUCAGCUCGACCGUUUUAGGUUCGAGCUGUUUCCUGAGUUUAUUGAGUGGAACAGAUGGGAGCUUUGGAAGGAUAUUAAGAACUGGGAACCAAAAAGAGUUGCUGUUUUGUUAUUAUAUGUUGUUGUCACAGUUUUUUCUUGUCAAAGAAUCUAUAUGGCCAUUCGUGCUCCAAUCAUUAAUAGGGAAAGAAAAGAGUUGACUGAAGCAUAUAUGGAGGCAUUAAUUCCUGAACCUACUCCUGCUAAUAUCAAAAGAUUUAACAAAGGUUUAUGGAGGAAGAAUAUCCCAAAAGGUUUAAAAUUAAAGAAGUUCAUUGAAGGACCAGAUGGAGAUCUUAUUCAUGAUAGUUCUUAUGUUGGGGAACAUGCAUGGGAAGAUGAUUCUGGUGGUCCUGAACACAAUAUCAAAGAAAUUAUAGACCGUGAAGUGGAAAUGAACUCAGAAACUAAAGAGGCUCUAAAAGAAGAUAUAGGAAUUUCAGCAGCUGAAAAUCGGGACACUAAAGGAAAUUGGCGUGAAAGACUUAAAGUAUGGAAUGACAUUCUUAGAAAGGAGAAGCUGGCUGAACAGUUAGACUCAUUAAACGCUAGGUACGUGGUUGAAUUUGACAUGGAGGAGGUUAAAAACAGCCUUCGCAAAGAUGUGGUUGAGAAGACAAGUGAAACUCAAGGAACCAGAGCAUUGUGGAUAUCAAAAAGAUGGUGGCGCUAUCGCCCAAAGCUUCCAUAUACGUAUUUUCUUCAAAAACUUGAUUCGUCUGAGGUUGCUGCUAUUGUCUUCACAGAGGAUCUGAAGCGAGUGUAUGUAACAAUGAAAGAAGGGUUCCCUCUAGAAUACACUGUUGAUAUUCCAUUAGAUCCCUUCUUGUUUGAGAUGAUAACUAGUUCUGGAGCUGAAGUGGAUCUCCAGCAGAAGCGGCAGAUGCAUUACUUUCUAAAAGUGAUAUUUGCUUUACUGCCUGGGAUACUGAUUUUGUGUUUCAUUAGGGAAUCUGCAAUACUUCUUCAUAUUACCACAAACCGUGUCCUCUACAAAAAAUAUAAUCAACUUUUUGACAUGGCUUAUGCCGAAAACUUUAUUCUGCCUGUCGGAGAGGUUGGAGAAACAAAAUCAAUGUAUAAAGAAGUUGUAUUGGGAGGAGAUGUUUGGGAUCUUUUGGAUGAGUUGAUGAUUUACAUGGGAAACCCUAUGCAGUAUUAUGAGAAGGAAGUCAAGUUUGUUAGGGGUGUCCUUCUUUCUGGACCUCCUGGAACGGGCAAGACACUUUUUGCUCGAACACUCGCAAAGGAAAGUGGUAUGCCAUUUGUUUUUGCUUCUGGUGCUGAGUUUACAGAUAGUGAAAAAAGUGGUGUUGCACGGAUUAAUGAAAUGUUCUCCCUUGCAAGGAGAAAUGCUCCUGCUUUUGUGUUUGUUGAUGAGAUCGAUGCUAUUGCUGGAAGGCAUGCAAGAAAAGAUCCACGAAGAAAAGAAACCUUUGAGGCAUUGAUAUCCCAGCUUGAUGGGGAGAAAGAGGAAACAGGUGUUGAUAGAUUUUCACUCAGACAAGCUGUCAUUUUUAUCUGUGCUACUAACAGACCGGAUGAACUGGACCUUGAAUUUGUUCGCCGUGGACGUAUAGACAGGCGUGUGUAUAUUGGUUUGCCUGAUGCAAAGCAACGGGUGCAAAUUUUUGGUGUCCACAGUUCUGGGAAGCAGCUUUCUGAUGACGUUGACUUCGAGAAACUUGUCUUUCGCACUGUUGGGUAUUCUGGGGCAGACAUAAGAAAUCUAGUCAAUGAAGCUGGAAUAAUGUCUGUAAGGAAAGGGCAUUCUAGGAUCUACCAGCAGGACAUCAUGGAUGUGUUGGACAAGCAGUUGCUUGAAGGCAUGGGUGUCCUUCUAACAGAGGAAGAGCAGCAAAAGUGUGAACAAAAUAUCUCUCUUGAAAAGAAAAGAUUGCUGGCAGUACAUGAAGCUGGUCACAUUGUGUUGGCACACUUGUUCCCUAGAUUUGAUUGGCAUGCAUUUUCUCAGCUUCUACCUGGUGGAAAAGAAACUGCAAUAUCAGUUUUUUACCCUAGAGAGGAAAUGGUUGAUCAAGGUUACACAACCUUUGGCUACAUGAAAAUGCAAAUGGUGGUAGCUCAUGGUGGGCGUUGUGCUGAACGAAUUGUAUUUGGUGAUGAUAUUACUGAUGGAGGCACAGAUGAUAUGGAAAAGAUCACAAAGAUUGCUCGAGAAAUGGUGAUAAGUCCUAGGAACUCUAGGUUGGGGCUUACUGCUUUGACAAAGAAAGUAGGGUUGGGUGAUCGACCGGAUGAUCCUGAUGGUGAGAUAAUAAAAUAUAAGUGGGAUGAUCCAUAUGUAAUUCCUGCGAAUAUGACAGUUGAAGUAUCUGAACUAUUUACUCGGGAGUUGACAAGGUACAUUGAAGAGACAGAAGAGCUUGCAAUGAAGGGGUUGAUGGCCAACCGGCAUUUUCUCGAUAUAAUUGUGAAUGAGCUUCUAGAACAAUCAAGAAUAACAGGAUUGAAAGUGGAAGAGAAAAUGAAAGGGUUAUCACCUGUGAUGUUUGAAGAUUUUGUGAAGCCUUAUCAAAUAAACUUGGAAGAGGAAGGACCAUUGCCUCAUAAUAACCGCCUGCGUUAUGAACCACUCGAUGUGUAUCCCGCACCCCUGCACCGAAGUUAAGUUGUAGUAACAUCAUGAGUUUGGUGGCAUGUGAAUGGUAGAUGGAAUUACCAUUCAGAGAGAGAGAGAGAGAAAACACUGGGAAACGAAGGAUGGUUGAGAGUUUUGUAGUGAGUUUGGUGGCAUGCAAGUGGUAGCUGAAAUUAGCAUUUGGGAAACAUAGUAGCUAGGAUGAUAAAUUUUGAUGCAACAAUGAUUUAUCUGUCUGUUGCUCUGUUUCAAGAUGGGCUUUCCAAUAAAGAUUGAGAUGGCAACCUUGAUCAUUAUUCAAAAUUUUAACCUCCAAAAGUGCAAUCUUUUUGUAAUGUAAAUACACUAGUGAGUUGUUAAAGGUGUCUAUUAUGUGCAGUAAUAACAUGGUUCGAUUCCGAGAA